AUGGCACCCUGGCAUCCAAACCUUGUUGUACGGUCACUUGAUCAAUUUUUGUUGUUUAUCAUCAUUCUACUGUUUCUUUGUUCUUCUAGUACUUGUUUUGCAACAAGUGGAGAGGCAGUGGCUCUUGUGAAAUGGAAGGACAGCCUUGAUAUGAAUCCAACUACUCAUUCUCUUCUCCGCUCUUGGAAUCUCAAUUCUACUCAUUCAACGUCUCAUCAUCUCUAUAAUAAUAUCCCCUGUACUUGGGUUGGGAUCACUUGUAAUGACUUUGGAAGUGUCAUCAAUAUUACCCUCGAAAGCAGUAAUUUGAAAGGUACACUUCACAACUUCAACUUCUCCUCCUUUCCCAGCUUACUUACUCUUGACUUUUAUAACAACUCCCUCUAUGGAAGUAUCCCCAUGCACAUUGGCAACCUUUACACACUCACCUUCCUUGAUAUGGGGUCCAAUCAUCUCUCUGGAAACAUUCCUUCCCAAAUAUGCCUUUUGACAAGUUUACGCUUCCUUGCUUUGGCUGAAAAUUAUUUAAAUGGCUCUAUACCACCUCAAAUAGGCAUGUUGGUGUCUCUUGAAGUGAUGUAUGCUUAUAGUAACAAUCUUUCAGGUUCAAUUCCUGUGUCCAUUGGAAACCUGAGCAAAUUAACUGUUUUGGAACUUAGUGAAAAUAAAGUAGUUGGGUCCAUCCGCAAUGAGAUUGGGCAGCUUAAAUCACUCACUACCCUUUAUUUGGAUGCUAACCAACUCACAGGUUCAAUUCCUGUGUCCAUUGGAAACUUGAGCAAGUUAACUGAUUUAGAUUUUGAUGAGAACAAAAUAGUUGGGUCCAUCCCCAAUGAGAUUGGACUGCUUAAAUCACUCAUUGGCCUUUAUUUGUUUGAUAACCAACUCACUGGCUCAAUUCCUGUGUCCAUUGGAAACUUAAGUAGGUUAUCUUCUUUGGAACUUGGUGGAAACAAAUUAGUUGGGUCCAUUCCAAAUAAUAUUUGUCUUGGUGGAAAGCUUACAUGGUUUACAGCAGGUGAUAACAAAUUUAGUGGUUCCAUUCCAAAAAGCAUAAGAAACUGCAGUUCAUUAGUCGUCCUUUCAGUUGCAGGAAAUCAACUGAGAGGAAAUAUAUCUGCAGAAUUCGGAAGAUACCCAAACCUGGGUUAUAUGGACUUGAGCACCAAUAAGUUUUUUGGAGAACUUUCCGAAAACUGGGGACAGUGUCCAAAACUCACGAUGUUGAACAUCUCUAACAAUAAAAUUUUCAGUAGGCUACCCCCUGAACUUGGGAAGGCUACUCGAUUGCAAAAACUUGACCUCUCUUCCAACCUUCUUGUAGGUAAAAUUCCUAAGGAAUUGGGACAGCUGAAAAUGUUGUACAUACUCAAGCUCAACAAUAAUUCCCUUUCUAGCAAUGUUCCUGUGGAAAUUGGAAUGAUGUCAGACCUUGAAACACUUGACCUUGCAGCCAACCAAUUGAGUGGACCAAUUCCCAUGCAUUUGGAACUAUGUUCAAAACUACUGCAUUUAAACUUGAGGAAUAACAAAUUUAGUGGAAUUAUUCCCUUCCAAAUUGGGAAUCUGCUCUCCCUUGAAGAUCUUGAUCUAAGUAAGAAUUUGCUUUUAGGAGAGUUGCCUUCAGAGCUUGGUCAUUUGGAUAAGCUAGAAACAUUUAACCUCUCACACAACAAUCUAUCAGGCUUAAUACCAUUCAUGUCUAAUGAAUUGUUAAGCUUGACAACUGUUGAUAUAUCCUACAAUCAGUUAGAAGGUCCUCUGCCCCACAUCAAAGCUUUCACUGAAGCUCCAAUCGAAGCCUUGGAAGGUAAUAAAGGAUUGUGCGGCAAUAACCCUAGUUUGAAGCCUUGCCCCACAUCUAAAGAUAAAAAUAGAAAUCAAGCUGUAAUUGCAAUGAUAGUAUCUAUCUCCAGCAUUCUAUUUUUAUUGUUUAUCAUUGGUGGGAUUCUUUUUGUUUGCCGAAAAAGAGUGAGGAAUAUGGAUGAACCAAGAGAAACCAGAACUGAAGCUUUCUUUGCAGCAUGGAAUCACGAUGGGAAAAAAGUUCAUGAAGAAAUAGUAGAAGCAACAGAGAAUUUUGAUUCCAAAUAUUGCAUUGGAGUUGGAGGGAAUGGAAGUGUAUAUAAAACCCUACUAUCAACUGGUCAAAUUGUUGCUGUGAAAAAGUUCCAUGAGAAUGAUGGAAUAGACCAUCAACAAGCUUUCAAAAGUGAGACAAGUAUUUUGCCAAAAGUGCGCCAUCGAAACAUCAUCAAGCUUUUUGGAUUUUGUGUGCAUACAAGAUACUCAUUUUUGGUGUAUGAGUUCAUGAAACUGGGAAGUUUGGUAAAGAUAUUGAGUGACAAUGAAAAGGCAAUGGAGUUGGAAUGGUUCAAGAGAGUGAAUAUUGUCAAAGGUUUGGCAAACGCGAUAUCCUAUCUGCACCAUGAAUGUUUUCCAGCUAUAGUCCACAGAGACAUAUCUAGUAAGAAUGUUCUGUUGGACGAUGAAUGUGAAGCUCACAUUUCUGACUUUGGUUCUGCUACAACUUUAGAUCCAGACUCGUCAAAUUGGACUCCAUUUGCAGGAACCUUAGGUUACUCAGUCCCAGAGCUUGCUUAUACAAUGGAAGUAAAUGAGAAGAUUGAUGUCUACAGCUUCGGAGUUGUUGCAUUAGAAUCUAUCAUGGGAGAGCAUCCCGGAGACCUCAUAUCAUCUCUGUUAUCAUCACCAUUACAUGCUGUUGAUGUUCUGCUUAAGGAUGUACUUGACCAACGUCUCUCACCUCCAAAGCGGCAAAUAGCAGACCAAGUGGUCUCCAUUGCAGAAAUAGCAUUUGCAUGCGUGCGACAAAGUCCACAGUCACGACCAACUAUGAAGCAAGUAUCUCAGAAGCUGUCGACUCCAUUACAAUCUUUAUCAGUGCCUUUUCAUAUGGUUACAAUAAAGCAGCUGUUUGAUUCCCCAACAUGGACAACCUAA